AUGGUGAAAUGGUGCUUGAAACGAGGUGCAAACAUUGACUGUCAUUAUGAAGAUAUGCUGACACCACUGCAUAUAGCUGCAGAGAAAGGUCAUGAAGAAAUGCUUGAUAUUCUUCUCAAACACAGCAACAAGUGUAUUGACGCAAAAACAUUGUUUGGAGACACAGCACUUCUGAUUGCCACACAAAAUGAACAUAAAUUGAUUAUGAAAAAACUAUUAGACAAAGGAGCAAAUGUGAGCUGUACGGACAUUUUUGGCAGGACGCCUUUACAUGUGGCUGUUUUUAAAAAGAAAUCUGGCAUUGUAAAAAUAUUGAUAUCUUAUGGUGCAAGAGUCAACACUAUGGAUACGUUUGGGGAACAUGUACUAUGUACAGCAGUCAUUACGUCCCCAAAUCCACCUGUCACAUAUGCUCUUCUGAAGAAUGAGGCAAAUAUCAACUGCAUUAACAGUCAAGGAAUGAGUCUGCUUUCUGAAGCUAUUCUAUCAGCAAACACAAAAUCAAGUAUUGAUGCAAUAAAAAUGCUGUUGCGUCGUGGGGCAAGUGUAAACAUGCGCAACACUAUCAAUGGGCAGACACCUCUACAUGUUGCUGCGCAGACUGGCAAUCAGUCCAUUGUUGAGCUCCUGGUAGCAUCAGGAGCUGAUACAAAAGUAAAAGACCACCAUGGCCGUACACCUCGAGAUACAGCUAAACAGUAUGGUCAUCAUGAACUUGUUGAGAAGAUGAGAGCUGUGCGUUUCAUAAAUCCUAUUUCUAAGAAGACAAGAUUUCACAUGGCAGUGAUUACAUAUAAACAAAAGAGGAAGAAAGAAACUAUGCAGAGAAUCACAACCAAAAAUCAGGCCAUAAUCAUGGGAAACAACAUAGCAAUAACCAUAAUGCCAGAAGUAGAAAAAUCUUCUAUAGAAUCAAAAACCAGGAAGAUAGAAAAACUGGACCAUCAUAUUCCAACAAUGAGGUUGACCCCACUGAAUCAACAAUUAACAUCAAUAACAGAAAAUGCACCAUCAACACUGGCAGAAGUAAUAGGAGUCACUCAUCCCCUUAACAAGACAAUAACUUCACCACCAUGCCAUCUGAAGAAGCAGUCAACAUUAGAAAACUCAUCAAAUGGUCAUAUACUGAGGAAAAGGAAAUCAGCAGUUUCAUCCCAUCUGAAUGAUUUUCUGCUGAAGGGCUACAGGAAAACCACGGUGAAUGAUCAGCCAUUGUCAGCAGGUACUGCUGAAUGUUUGAAGGUGGUAGUGAUGCCACGACAUCCUUGUGCACAUAAUGGUAGUGUUGGGAAAGCUGCCGAUCAGCGCUUGUACAUGCCAGCUGAUCUUGCAAUGCUGACAUUGUACACAAGAUCAUGUCCACCCACUUGCAGCAGUCUUUCUUCAUCCCUAGGCAAACAAUAUGAUCUGUAA